CAUCAGCUCGGAAGAUUAUUCGCAAAUAGGGAGGUACCUAGAGUAAGAUAUAAACAAUCAUCAUCAUAAAGGUCGCCGCUUAUAUUUCUCCUUAACCUCGUCUUUACUCACUCCGCGUAUUUGACGACACAGCAUUGAACCUCUUACGAUGGCUCCCUCGCGAUCUGUUACAAUGGAAACGCUCCCCACAGAAAUCAUUAUCCAGAUCCUCGACAACCUCCAAGCCCCAGCUAUUAAGCAAGUCCGUCUUACAUCCCGGAUCUUCAACACAAUACUUGCAAAGCGAACCUUCGAAGUCCUUGUCUCAUUUCUCGAUCCAGUCGUUGCUCAAGACACUCUUAUAACGAUCGCGCGAGAUCCAAAACGACGCCGUCGACGACCGUCUAUCUGGUCACCAAGAUGCAGCGUGCCACAGAACCUACCCGUUGAUGAAUCAUUUCUAAUGGCACUGUGGGCUGGCUUGCGCGGACAGUCAUGGGCUGUAGAAAUGGGUGUAAAUGGGGUCAAGUUGGAUGUAGAUAAAUGGCAGAUCGGAGUGGGGAGAAGCAUAAGCAAAGAGGAGUUGAGGGGGGUUCUGUUUCGUUAUGCACUUUAUUUGAGUUAUACGAGCGAGUGUGAAAACGAACAGGACGCACCGCAGGCUUGGGUAUUCAGUACGAUGUGCAGCAAAGCAUAGCACUGAGGCUGUUUAUGCUAUGGGUUUCAUUUUUACCGAAUAUAUGGACAUUGGACCAAAGGGCGAGAUAGUAUUUCCUUGUCUUCAAGUCCAAUAAUUAUUUUGCGUUUCAGAAAAUUGAUGUUAUAUAAGUCUUACACUAGUGCAACAAAUCGAGGACAAAUAUGCGUU